CAUCAAAAAAGCUCGAGCGUUCGUUCAUCAAUUAACCAACCGGAGAAGAAGAUGAAAGGAAGCUUCUCGAUCGCCCGUCAGGUUUUCCAACGCCGUUUCUCUACACUCCGUUCCUCGCGAUACCACUCCGCGUUGUCCAGCUCCUCCCGAUCGCUUAUUGUGGCUCCAAACUCGACGCCGUCGCCGAUCCCUAGAAACUCGUUGUUACCUGUCUCCACCUUCCUCUCGUCCGUCGAAUUUAACUUCUCCACAACGCUUUUCCCCAGCCGGAGAAGCCUCUGCUCAUCAGCUGGAGGUGGAAAUGGUGUUGUUAUAGUGAAAUCAGAGGAAGAGUUCAACAGUGCAAUGAGCAAAGCUGAAGGUGGAUCUUCACCGUCGGUCUUCUACUUCACUGCCGCCUGGUGUGGACCAUGCAAGUUUAUUGCCCCUGUGAUCGUGGAGCUUAGUAAACAGUACCCUGAUGUAACAACGUAUAAGAUCGACAUUGAUGAGGCUGGACUUUCAAACACUCUCAGCAAGCUGAGUAUCACGGCUGUGCCAACACUGCAGUUGUUUAAAGAAGGCUCUAAAAAGGGCGAGAUCGUGGGGGCAGAUGUUACGAAGCUGAAAAAUCUCAUGGAACAGCUCUACAAGUGAUAAUACCAAUGCUGAAUAGCUGCAACUUGCAAGUGUAGUUUAAGACUCUCCAGUCCAAUAAAAUCAGGGGAAAGUACUUGUUUCUGCCAUGUUUCACAGUGAAUUAAACCUUGACUUAUUGGGGCUAGUAUUGUUUUGUUGAGACUUGAGAGCCCUAUGUGGUCUUCCUUGUUUCACAGUUUGUCCAGUGAUUUAAACCGGAUCAUAUAUGAUUUAACCAGGGAA